AUGUCGGCUCAGGACUACUACGGCGGCGGCGGCAACCAGCAGCAGGGCUACAGCUCUGGCCAGUCUUACGGCGGCCCCCAGCAGCAGCAGUACGGCGGCCAGCAGCAGCAGUACGGUGGCCAGCCGCAAUAUGGUGGCCAGGAGCAGUACAACGGCCCGCCCCAGCAGCAGUACGCCAACGCCUCGCAGCAGGACAACCGCGGCUCGUCGCCCUACCAGGGCGGUGGCGGCCAGCCCCAGUACAGCUCCCAGGGCCCCAUCCCGGCCGCGGGCCCCGGUGGCGGCAACGGCGAGACGGACGAGCGCGGCCUGGGUGCCACGCUGGUCGGCGGUGCUGGUGCCGGCUGGGCCGCGCACCACGCCGGCGGCGGUGCCCUGGGCACGAUUGCCGGUGCCGUGGCAGGCGCCAUCGGUGCGAAUGUCAUCGAGCACUUUGUUGAGAAGAAGAAGGACGAGCACCACCAUCAGCAGCAGCAGCAGCAGCAGCAGCAGCAGCAGUACCAGCAGGGCGGCUAUUACGGUGGCCCGCAGGGUGGCCACCACGGCGGCGGCCACAACGGUGGUGGUGGUCGCUGGUAA